UGUACCAAUUGCCAGUCAGAUAUUUUUACUGGGAGAUAAUGACACCCACUACACUGGAAGCUGCUGGUAGCAGCUCUGAUUUUGAGACCUGCAUAAUGUUAACUGGUUUCGGGAAAUACAAUUAUUUGAUACUUAUUGUGUCACUGAUGGCAUCACUAGCUCAGCAGUUAAGCAUAUCAGCAAUUUCAUAUAUUCUGCCAUCUGCAGAAUGUGAGCUUCAACUUUCCCCUGAAGACAAAGGGACUCUCAAUGCAACAGGUUACAUUGGAAUGAUUCUGAGUGCAUACGUGUGGGGAUUUUUAUCAGACACAGUUGGCAGACGUAGGCUUCUAGUAUUUGGUUACUUAUUUGAUGGAGUAUGUAACUUGACUGGAAGCUUUGCUCAGAGUUAUUGGUUUCUUUUUGCAUUUAAAUUGCUGAAUGGAGUAAUUUACCCUCAAGAUGAUGUGGUUAUCGCUACCCGGUUCGAAUCCCGGCGGGUGACCAGCACACUUGAUUGGAGUUUGUCAUUCCUAUUCCUUGACCUCAUAACUCCUCACUCUUCCAGAACUAUUGCAGACAUUGUUACAGGCAGCAUAUCAAAACCUUCUUCAUACAGAAUUGCAUGGCUGAUAUUACCAUCGGAAUGGUCGAUAACGGUUUUUGACAGAAAAAUUCCAAUCUCAUCUUGGAGAUUAUUUAUGGCAUUGAGCUCACUACCAAGCUUUACAACAGCUUGUUUGAUCUACAAAUGCAUGGAGAGUCCCAGAUUCCUUAUGGCAAGUGGCCAAAAUGAUGAGGCUCUCAAAACUUUCAAAAUAAUUUAUAGCCAUAAUACAGGAAAUAACCCAGACAUGUAUGCAGUCAUAAGCAUUUCAAAUCAAAUACAUCCAUCUCAGCCACCAGCUAGCAACAUAAACUUGAAGAAAAGUCUGUUAUCCAUCAUGAAAAUUUGUUGGCAACAAGCAAAGCCUCUGUUCAUUCCUCCUCACAGCAAAAAUACAGCUGUUACAUUUAUGAUGCAAUUUACAACUUUAUAUGGUUUUAACACAUUACGUUUGUGGUUGCCACAAAUGCUCACAUCUGUGCAGGAGCACCUAUCACAGCAAGAAAUGACCCACAGUUCUCCGGUAAUAAAAAGCAUAUGUGAAAUUUUGCAAAUAACAAUGUCUACAAAUGUAACUGAGGAUAUCUCUGAACCUGAGGUACACUGUGUUUUUAAAACAGCUGACAGUACAGUUUAUGUCAACAGUAUGAUGGUGGGGAUUGCACAGGGAACGGCAUUUUUAUUUGCAGCUUGCUCCAUCAGUAUUGUUGGAAAAAAGACGAUUAUGGUUACAGGUUAUGCUGUUGGAGGCUGCAGUGCAUUAGCUUUGUUGUGGUCACACAAUUCUGACAUGACAAUCAUAUUUUCGGCCAUUUACAUAGCACUACUUGCUGUUAGUCAUACUGUCAGCAUGGCAGUGGUCAUAGAUGGCUUCCCCACAUCUCUGAGGAAUACAGCUGUAAGUUUAUCUCUCAUGUUUGGUCAGCUCGGAACAGUUAUAGGGAACACAGCAUUUCCAGUUCUUCUGAGGAUGACUUGUUCCACUCCAUUUAUUAUUAUAAGCUUCAUGACAAUGGUGAACGCUGGUAUGACUAUGUUCCUGCCAGAAACAGUCAGUGCAUCAUAGACGUCAACAUAAUUCAGAAACAAGCAGUGUAAAAUUAAAAUCAAAUGUUUCAGUAAGUGGAUGAAAAUAUAGAUUACUUGUGUGGAUGAGGCUGAAUACAUCAAGUAAUGCUUGCAUGAAUAAAACUGAGCUGAGGCUCACACUUCAAAAAUGUUUUGAGACACUGAAAAACUACCUCUACUCUAGUAGCAGUUGAAAUUUGUGCUCCUGUGUAGUGUGUUUUCUCGCGUGAUUACUAAGUUGUCAUCAGUGUUACGAUUAGCUCAAGCAAAUGAGGUGUUGUGACUGGAAGACAUAGGAUGCAUUUUCACAGUACUUAAGCGGCAAUGUGCCCAGGUUAUCAUUGUUUGUUUAUGAAGAGUGAAAUUCUAGUCAAUAAUACAUAGACAUACACUACUAAUUAUGUUGAAUGAAUAAUAAAAUCAAAAUAUCAAUAGGUUUAUUUAUAUUAAGUACUUUUGUACAGAUCAACUACAGGUUUUGCUAUAUUUUUUCAAAGUGUAUUGAGACGACAUGAAUAAAUGAUGGUAUCUUAAUAGCAGGACGUUUGAAUCCAUACUAUGUAUUAUACAGAAAUAAGUACAGGUGUCUCACACAUUGAAUAACAUUAAAAAAACAACUUAUGUUAUGUAAUUAUAUGAUAGCUAAAAGACUAUGUUAAAUUAACUUAAGUUAAAAAUGGGGAAGCUUAUGUAAAAAAGCAACUCUGGGACAAAAAAGGCACACUGUAUCAGAAUCAUUUGAGAAAGUAGGAAUUUCUGUUACCAAGCCCAGUAUCAGUUGAGUAAAGCUGCUGGCACAGAAGAAUUGUAAUGAUUGUCUACUGUCGAUACAUUUACUUUCUCCUGUUUUUUACCUAGUUUCAAACAAAAUAUAGUAAAGAAGUUUAAACCAUCAGACAGUACAAAUGGAUUUUAGUUUAAGGGACAACCUUGCCUGUAAUGAGCCUAACUGUAUUAAAUUUUUGGGUGGACAUUUAAAUGAUAAAUUAUUGUGGAAGAUAAAUGUAAAAUAUAUUAGUAUCACACCAUUCAGAGUGAUUUAUUUUCCGAAGUAUCUUAUAAACUAUGUACCUGAACUUAACUGAUGUUACUUUAUUAAAUUAUUCACCUGAACUUAACUGAUCUUACUUUACACUUUUUAGAGCAUUAUGUUCUGUGGGGCAAUGCCAGUUGUGUGAUGUCUUGUUAUUUUAGAGAUCCAUUAGAGUAAUUGACAGGUCUCCAUAUAAAACACAUUGUAAACAUUUGUAUUCUGAACAAAAAAUUAUUACUACAAUACAUUUUUAUAGCUGGUCUGUUUUAAUUUGCAUGCAGUAGUUCUUAAAAAUAAAAAGUUGAGAAAACAUCCCGUGUUGCAAUAGAAAUAGCAAUAGGUACUUUUAUACAUAAUGCUAUACAUUGUCAAAAUCAGUUAAUAGCUACGAGCUAAUGGGCCAUAAAUAAGUUAAUAAACGUCCACUGUUUGUACAAGAUCUUCCUGAACAAGAAUUUAAACAAACAUUAUGUGACUGGUUAGGUGCUGUCCCAUUUUAUGACU